AUGUCCGCGGAAUGGCGCGACGAAGGCCCGCGGGCGUCAAGUGCCGCCGAGCCGGCCUCCGUCUUCAUUUGUCAUUUCUCGCGCUUCGGCUUGCACGUGUGUGUCUCAGUGGCUGAAUAUGUCAUUGGACGGCAGAGAUUCCAGCUGGUAAUGUAAUGACUCGUCGGCCUUUCGAGUUCCCAAAAGGGGACGCCGAUAUUUCGAGACACGCGAGUGACGCAUUACUAACAUUCUAAAAAAAGUGUCAAGGGCUGAGUUUUUUUGGAAACAAAGGUAAUCGCCUUGUGGGCUCCCGCAUUUAUUAGGGCAUGAACAGUCAAAAAAAGAAGCUGGUAAAUAAUUUCUACCUUAUUUCACUCUUCUUCUAAGCUUUCAUCAAACACUCUUUGAUCUACCAAAUGAGAAUCCCUAUUCGCUAAAUCCUUAAUUUUUUCAAAUUAAACUGAAAAAACCCUCCUGAGAUUGAACAGGAAACCUAUAGCCCGUUCACGGCUGGCUUGGGACAGCGAACGGGCGGUUUUACUUGCGCGGCGAUGGUAGAUCAUGGCGGUCACGGUGUUCCGCGCAAUGAAAAAAAAUGCGAAAUUUUGGGUCCCAGCGGCAUAUUAUCCGUGGCGCAUUAUUGCGCCCUUCUCAUCGUUUCUGAUGCAAAAAAUUGAAUUUCUUCACUUUUUUUCAUUGGUUUUUUUACUUUUUUUCUAUUUCUUGCAUUUAUGUGAUCCGCCUCUCUAUGGGUACAUCUUGUGGAGCUUUAAAUUGCGCAUUUUUUUCUAAACCGGUUUCAGAUCUUUAACUUUUUUUCUCAAAAAGAGCUGAAGAUUUUUUUCUAAAAGUCCUAAUUUUUUUCAAAAAUUUUGAAAUCUGUUUCGCGACAUGAAAAAUAAUCGCUCUAUUUCGGAAACUAUAGUUUUUUUAAUUUAAUCAGUUAAUAAUAAAAAAAGUUAUUAUCUAGUUCCUUUGACGUAGUUUAAAAACCGGUUUCGCGUAAAUUAGAGCCAAAUUGAAUUUGCUGAUGCAGUUUAAUGAUUUUGAUAUAUGCAUCAUCUAAAUUAUAUAUUUUUUUCUAGUUUUUUUGAUGGUUUUUUUCGGAUUUAAACAAAAAAAUUUCGCCAUACGAGGUUUUCUUUCUAAAAUUUCUGCUUUCUAUCCAUUAUAUGUUUUUUUCUGAAACUAGGUUUUCGAGGUAUAUAAAAUGUUUUUCAUUUGCUCCUCGAAAUUUUCCUCAUUUCAAUAUUUUUUUCGUAUUUAUAAAUGCUUAUUCAAUGGGAGCUGAUUCAUUUUUCAUAAUAUUUUUUUGUUUUUUUAUUUUGUAAUCAGUAAUUUAGAGUUUUCCCUUUUCGAAAUCGUUCCUAAAUGUUUUUUUAACGUAAGUGAAUGUUUUUUCACAUCAUAUUCUUCAAAAUGACAAAUUUCGAACAUUUCAGGAGCUAUUAUCCUGAAAUCGCAAAUUCUAAAAUUGAAAAAAAGUAUUUUGAGUAUGCGAUAGGGCGUCUCGGUGUGCUUACACUCUAAGCAUCAUUAUUUACGAAAAGUCUUGACCUAGCGUAAUAAAAAAAACACCGUGCGGUCAGAUAUGCGCCUUUAAUAAGAGCCUCAUUUGGUGAAUUAUUUCUGUUUCUAUUAGAUUAUUUUAUGUUUACAUUCAUUUCAUUAGUUUUUGGAUUUUCUUAAAUCGACGAAUAAUAAAAGAAAAAUAAAUAAGUCAUAAAAGGGGACUUUGAUGGAAGGCGCAUGGAUAGUCGCCAUGAUCUACCUUCGCCGCGAAAAUCAUGGAGACUAUCAAUGCGCCUUCCACAAAAUGCUGAUUUUAUGACUUAUUUCUUUUUAUUUUGUAUUCCGUUGAUUGAAAGAAAAUCUGAAAACUAAUGAAAUUAAUGUAAACGAAAAAGUACAUUCAAUUGAAACAAAAGUAAUUUAUCAAAGGAGGCUCUUAUUGAAGGCUCAUGUAUGGCCGCCAUGAUCUACCAUCGCCGCGCAAGUUAAACCGCCCGUUCGCUGUCCCAAGCCAGCCGUGAACGGGCUAUAUACAGAACCUGGCUUCCCGACAAUUUUCGAGUUUUUGCCUUGACGCGGCAUUUUUAAAAAUCAGCUUCAAAAAAAGUGUGGGUAUAAUUGAUUCACGGCUGGCUUGAGCCAUCGAAAAAAGGGUCCUGACACGAUAAUGCCCGAGAUAGUGACUGGCUCGUGGAGAGCGCAGACAGGCCACGCCCUCUCAGCGUCCCAAGUUAACUGUGAAUCAGCUUUACUAGCCUUUAAAAAAGUUAACUGGGACUCAGCUAAACUAGCAUUUUUAAAAAGGUUGUAAAAACUCCCGGGUAUGCAAUAAGUUUUCAGGAUUCAAAACAAUUACUCUUCCGAUUAAAAUUUUUUAAACUUCAAAUUCAUGACUUACACACUGAGAAAAAUGAUAUAGAAUAAGAACCGACUUCCAUUCUAACUCCAAAACAAACUCAAAAGAAGAAAAAUUGAUUUUAAAAAUCUGACCUCGACUUACAUAGUCGCUUUGUUGCUGACUUUUUGCUGCUCGCAAGGUACCUGAAAUUUUCUAAAUUUAUAAUUACAGUUCAAGAAAUGGAUCAUCCGAGAAAAUGAAAAAAAUACACCUACUUCUGAAUAUUGAUGAAAGAAAGUCGGCGUGUAAGAAAAAGAAAGAACACUCUGUCAUGGGACGCAUAAAGAUCGCCAAAAUCUUUUUCGGACCUGCACUAUUUCGUCGCUUUCUCGCAGCUAGAUAACGACGAAAAGGUGUGUGUCAGAGAACGACUUGGGGCGAUCUUUAGGCGCUCCCUCCCUCGAGAUCUCCAGCUGGAAGGAAUUUUAAAAAAUUUGAAAAUCGGACUUUUAUCACUCUUUGCAAGUUCGCUCCAGUGAUAAAAACUACCUACAGUAAACCUCGGGCGCGCGCGAGUUCGAUUUUUUCACUUUUUGAUUUAUUUUCAUCAAUUUCAUUAUUUUAAUUUUUGCUCGCUUAUGAAUCAACUUUUGAUAGACGGUGUUUAUUCUUUACGCCUUCCGAGGCUUUUUCUUUCAUUUUGUUUCACUUACGGUUCGAAGGUUGCAGCGAUGAUAAUGAAAGUAAUAAGGUUUAUUAGUUCCAUUCGCAGCCGCACUCCCAGUCAGAGAGCCAAACUUCCUCAAUAUUCGCUCUAGAUGGUCUUUGAGUUUCAAAAAAACCUUGCGUCGUAAAACUUAAUUUUCUGAAACGGGAGAAACCAACUUAGAGUUUUUUUUUUUGAGUUAAGUCAUAGAAAGUUUUCUCAAAUCAAAUUAGCGAUUUUAUUGUUCGAAAAUUAAUCUUCUAGUCUGUAAACAUAUUUCCGUGAAAAAUUUUCAAUGUAUAAGAAGUUGCAGACUAUGUCCUGGAUCCGACUUUGCUGGCCGUUCAGCAUCACAUGCGAUCUUGCCCACUGCCACAACCGCCUCGGUACGAAGAUGCCCUCAAACAAACCGCCGGACCUCCAAAGUACCAGCCCUCGGACAUGUACGUCUUCUGACAGUUAAUGUAUUUCUUGAUUUUUCACUUUUUAAAGAUUUUUGAAACAAACAGGUUUAUUUUCAUAAAAGUUUUUGAUUCGAAGCCUUUCAGAAUAAGAAAGUAUGGUUUUCAUUUUGGAGAAGAAAGCUAAAGAGCAAUUUCUUUUUCAAAUCAAUGAUUUUCUACCCUUCGUUGGAAAAAUGUUUCUUUUUUAUUUUAACGAAAGAAGAUUAUCAACUUCUACUUGUGGUUACUUCAACUAACAUGUUUAAUGUGUGUUGAUUUAUCAAAAAAUCAUAAUAAAACGAAAUUUCCCAUUAUUCUUUUGACUUCAGUUUUUUUUUUCAAUGAAAAUAGCUGCUAACCGUAGCAUCGCUUUCGAACCAAAUAGCUCCUUUCACUGUGAAUGAAAACAUUUCGAAACGCAAUUUGUUAUUGAAGGCAUUGAAGGGCUGCUCAUUAAAAUGCAAUGCGUCUUGGAUAUGCUCACGUUGAUAUGUAUAAUUAGCAAUUGCUCGGCACUGUCAAUCUUCCUUCCAAUUAUUAACAAGAUGCAGAAGCACAACGCCGUCGCUGUCGAUAGAGCUGCCGACGAGUGACGCGUCGACGGCGCGACUGGAAGACUCGCGAUUCGUUCGCGGCAACGCUCCCAGCAACGUUCGCAGGACUCUUUCCGAUCCUUGUGGUAUCGGUAUGGAAUCAUCAGAGGAAGAUGACGCCUCUUUGCAGACUUCUCGUUAA